AGAAGAAGAAGAAGAAGAAGAAGAAGAAGAAGAAGAAGAAGAAGAAGAAGAAGAAGAAGCAGAAGCAGAAGCAGAAGAAGAAGAAGAUGUCGUCCAGCAGUCAGCAGGUCCUCAGUUUGUACAGACGUCUGAUCAGAGAGAGUCAAAAAUUCUCCGCCUAUAACUACCGGUCGUACGCCCUGAGGAGAGUUCGAUCAUCCUUCAGAGAAAACAUGGAAGUGAGAAAUCAGAAACAUCUGGAACAGCUGCUGAUCAGAGGCAGGGAGAGUCUGAGUCUCAUCAUGAGACAGGUGUGUGUCGGUCAGAUGUACGGCGCUCAGAAGAUGGUCGUGGAGAAAUGAGAACCUCAGUGAGGACAGCAGGAUGACAUCAUCAUUGAGUCAUGAUGAGCGGUGAUCUGUGACCUCAGCGGCUGGUUCAACACUCACCUGUCUUCAUGGUGUUCAGGUGUUUCUGACCUGACUCAUCAUCAUAUGACUGAUGAUGUCACUGUUAGCAUCAUGUGAUUAGCUUAAUAAAUGAUCAGAAAUCAUGUUUUUCUGAAUAAACGAUUGGAUUUUAUAAUAAGGUA